CUCCUCACGUGGAGGGAAGCGGCUGCUCGGAACCCCAGGUGCCCCCUCCCGGCGCUGCAUCCGAGGCCGGAUCCGGUGAGACACCCCCCUCCCCCGACCCCUUUGUGCACUGGGCUGGAGGGGAUCCCCUGGGCCGCAGGCAGGAGGAUGCUAGGAGACCCCCCCCUCCCUGGGAUGGGGUUGCAAUUUGGGGUUGGGGGUAUCAAUCGAUUGCUAGGGUGCAACUGGAAGGAAGCGAGACCCUCGCCCCCUUUCGCCCCGUGAUCUACUUGGCAAGAUCCGUUUCUCAACUAGAGAUCCCAGGGAGUGCCGCUGGCUUUCUUUGCCUUCCCUGCCUCCGCUCUGCAAAGCCAGGAGAAGAGGGUCCUUUGCUUUUUUUCUGCGAGGCGGGGGGAACUUGCAGACUUUGCAAGACGCACACGCAGGGGACCUUCGGUCAUGGAAAUGCAGAGAUGGGAGAGACCCGUGGGUAAUAAUAAUAAUAAUAAUAAUAAUAAUAAUAAUAAUAAAAAUAAUAAAAAUAAAAUUUUCAUUUAUAUCCCGCCCUCCCCAGGCGAAGCUGGGCUCAGAGCAUAGCUGUCAACUUUUCCCUUUUUUUAAGGGAAAUUCCCUUAUUCCGAAUAGAAUUCCUCGCAAGAACAGGGAAGAGUUGACAGCUAUGGCUCAGAGUGGCUAACAGCAGUAAAAGUAACACAGUUUGCAAGACGCACAUGGAGGGGACCUUCGGUCAUGGAAAUGUAGAGAUGUGAGGGACCCGUAGGUCAUAAUAAUAAUAAUAAUAAUAAUAAUUUAUUUAUAUCCCACCCUCCCCAGCCGAAGCCGGGCUCAGAGCAUAGCUGGCAACUUUCCCCCUUUUUAAAGGGACAUUCCCUUAUUCCGAAUAGGAUUCCUCGCAAGAAAAGGGAAAAGUUGACAGGUAUGGCUCAGAGCGGCUAACAGCGGUAAAAGUAACACAGUCACAAUCAAUUCAUUCUAAAAUCAAUUCAGAGUCAAAUUAAUGGCAACCAUUGGGCUAGAGUUCUAUGAGGAUUGCCGAAGGAGGGGGUCAGACUGUGGCUUGGCCAAAGGCCAGGCGGAACAGCUCUGUCUUGCAGGCCCUGAGGAAAGAUGUCAAGUCCCGCAGGGCCCUAGUCUCUUGGGACAGAGCGUUCCACCAGAUCGGGGCCACAGCCGAAGAAGCCCUGGCUCUGGUUGAGGCCAGCCUAACCUCCCUGUGGCCCGGGACCUCCAAGAUGUUUUUAUUUGAAGACCGUAAGGUCCUCCGUGGGACAUACCAGGAGAGGCGGUCCCGUAGGUACGAGGGUCCUAGGCCCGUAUAGGGUCAUCUAGCCUAACCCCCUGCAAUGCAGGAAGCUCAGGUCGCUCAUGCACAACAGACGACCGUCCAACCUCUGCUUAAACUCUCCACAAAUGUGGAGGGGAGUCUGUAAGGCAGUUGGAUGGUGUCUUGCGUGUCUCGUUCCAGCAACUGCAUUGCAUAGGGUUGGGCUAGAUAUGAUACGAUGAUCUUUAUUGUCCUUGUCCCAUACAGAGCAACGAAAUUGAAAAAAUCUACAUCAGACAUUCAAAAACCAACAAGCCUGCUAUCCCAGCCAAGUUAGCCCCCUAAAAACUCUGAUACCCCAUAAUUAGAUACAAUAUACUCACAUAGAGACUACCUUACACUCCGUUUAAAACCAAAAUCGCAUUUGGAUAGAAACUGUUUCUCAGGUGGCUAGUCCUAGUCUUUAUAACCCUGUACCUUCUUCCAGAAGGCAGAAGCUGAAAGAGAUCAUUUCCGGGGUGCACACUAUCCUGCACUAUCUCUGCAGCUUUCUUGUGACACCUGGAAGCAUAGAUUUGAUCCAUGGUGGGAAGAGUGCACCCAAUUAUUCUCUCCGUAGUCUUUACAACCCUGGACAGCACUGUUUUUCCCCUGACCGUGCAGCUCCCAAACCACACACACAGACCAUAAGUUAAUACACUCUCCACAGUACAAUGGUAAAAUGCCAUCAACAGGUCCUUUGAGAGAUUGUUUUUCCGGAGGCUUCUCAGAAAAUAUAACCUGUGCUGUGCUCUCUUCAUCAGGUCUUUGCUGUUUUCUCCCCAGGUUAGGUCAUCUCUCAACUCCAUUCCCAGAAAUUGAAACACCAAGACCUGUUCCACACACUUCCCCUCAAUAAUGAGUGGCUGAAUAUUCAAUUUACAUUUCCUAAAGUCCACAAUGAUCUCUUUUGUUUUCUUUAAGUUAAGGAGUAAGUUGUUUUUCCCGCACCACUCCCCCAACUGCUCAACUUCCUUCCUAUAGGCUGCCUCUCCUCUCCAGCCGUGAUUAAACCAACCACCGUUGUAUCAUCUGCAAACUUAAUGAUCUUAUUACUGGGGUAUUUGGGGGCACAGUCAGUAGAUGACCCUUGGCGUCCCUUCUAACUUUGCCAUUCAAUGAACUCCUGCAGCCAAGCUGGUGCCAAACGUCUUGCUCUGCUUUCCAGACCUCCAGACACAAGCCUGCACCCUGGGGAGGUCACUUCAAGUGCUGUGAUUUGACUUCACCCCUGGAUGCACACUCCAUUGCUUCUUGAGGCAAACAGAUGCCCCAACACACACACACACACACACACAAAGAGAGAGAGAGAGAGAGAGAGAAGAUGCUGCUGACAGGAGAAGAAAAGUAUUUCUCUCCAGCUGACAGGAGAUUUGGGACUCCUGAUAUCUCUACACACACCCACACACACACCCAAGACAGAGGCUGGAGAUUUGGGGUUUUGCAAGUGGGGUUAUGGUUCCAACAGCUGGAAACUGGGAGCUUUUUAAUAGAAUCAUCAUAAUACAGUGGUACCUCGGGUUAAGAACUUAAUUCAUUCCAGAGGUCCAUUCUUAACCUGAAACUGUUCUUAACCUGAAGCACCACUUUAGCUAAUGGGGCCUCCCGCUGCUGCCUCGCAAUUUCUGUUCUCAUCCUGAGGUAAAGUUUUUAACCUGAGGUACUAUUUCUGGGUUAGCGGAGUCUGUAACCUGAAGCAUUUGUAACCUGAGGUACCACUGCAAUAAUCAUUUAUUAUUUAUACCCCGCCGGUACACCCAGGGUCAUUUUGUCCAACCCCUUGCAAUGCAGGAAUCGUGAUCCGGUUUUCCUUGGGUGGGGCCAAACCACCAACGUGCCUAGUUAAAGUUUUGUGAACUGCAACCUGGAAGCAGAUGUGGAGAGUUUCUCCCUUUGCAAAUAGAUAUGGUCAAAGGAAGGGAGCAUAGCUGUCAACAUUUCCUUUUUUUGAAGGGAAAUUCCCUUAUUCCGAAUAGGAUUCCUCGCAAGAAAAGGGGAAAGUUGACAGCUAUGGAAGGGGGUAGGGGAAUCUAGAGGUGGUCCUGAUCCAGACUUUGCAUGAGGGAUUUGGCACCUGACUUGGUUGUGAUGAAGGUUUAUGUUUUUGUUAAUAAAAAAGGACAUUGCGGGAACAGGCCAAUGGUGUCAUCUGGUCCAGAAUCCUGUUCUCACAGUGGCCAACCAGUUGUUGGUGUUUUAUGAUUUGAUGGUGGUUGUUUUUUAAAAAAAACCCUGAUUUUUUAAACACAUUUUUAAAUGAAAUUGAAUAGCCUGCGUUAUGCCUGAAUAUAAUAUUGAAGCACAGGUGGAUGGAGGCGUGUUGGGUUUUCCUCUAGACCAGCCUUUCUCAACCUGUGGGUCCCCAGAUGUACAACUCCCAUCACCCCUAGCUAGCAAGGCCAGAGCUCAGGGAUGAUGGGAGUUGUAGUCCAACAACAUCUGGGGACCCACAGGCUGAGAACCGCUGCCUAGACAUUGUGUCUGUAUAAUAAUAGGAUAUGGACAAAGGGGCCCAGUUAGUAAGAUGCAAGGAUGUAGCGAAUGGGCAAUGGGAUCAGUUGUGCAGGAAAUGGAGCCUCCAUAUACAGCAGCAGCCUACCUGAACUCAGACGCAGCAAAGAGAUGUUACUUUGAUCCACGUGAAACCGUUAAAAAUGUUCCCAACGAGAGCGAAAACACACCUUCAUGAGUAAUGUUGGUUUCAACAGCUUAAUACACUGUCUGCAAGUCGGGGCAACACAUGAAAAAUCAGAUCCUGGACCUGGUGAUUUUGGAGCAGUUCCUGGCUGUCCUUCAGCGGAGAUGGAGAACUGGGUCAGAGAAUGUGGAGCAGAGUCCAGUUCCCAGAUGGGGGCCUUGACUAAAAGUUUCCUCCUGAGUCAGGCAGAGCAGCAGGUGAGCGCAAAAUUGCUGAACUGUUUCCGAAAGUCCUGCAAGGAGGAAUGUGCCAAACCACAGAGGCCUUUGCCUCUGUCCUUUAAAAAAAAUUAUAAAACAAUUUCAACAAAACAAAUUAUCAAUCCAAAUAAUCAAUUACAUUAUUUCCCCCCUUUUUAUUCCUCCCCAUCCCUCCCUCUCCCCACCACCUGAGACUUCCCUCAGCUCCCCUCUCUGAUUUAUUUGCACAUGUUAUUCUCUGCAUGUUAAAAAUUGUACAUAUCAUUGCCUUAUCUGUCAUAUAUUCUACUAAUAAAUUUGUGGAUGUUUAUUCAAAACCUGCCAAGGAGUCCAAAUUUUGUUGUUUUUUUGGAUAGUUUGUAAAAAGUUCCCAUUCUUCCUUGAAGUCAUGAUUGUCCUUCUCACAUAAUUUGCCAACUCUGCAUAACUCAUCAAUUUUUCUUGCCAUUGUUCUUUCGUUGGGAUUUCCUCCUCCUUCCAUCCUUGUGCUAACUGUAUGCUGCUGUUGUAGCAUACAUAAAUAAAUUCUUUCUUUUUCUUGGCAGGUCUUGUCCUAAAAUCCCUAACAAAAAUGCUUCUAACAAAUGUUAUUUUAAGCAUUUUUUUCAAUUCAUUGUAUAUCAUUUCCCAAUUUUUUUAAACUUCUCUACAUUCCCACCACAUACGAUACGUAGUACCUUCUUUUUCUUUACAUUUCCAACAUGUAUUUGACCCGGUCUUAUACAUUUUUACUAUUUGUACUGGUGUGAUGUACCAUCUGUACAUCAUUUUCAUGUAAUUUUCUUUCAAAAGAGAACAAUCUGUAAACUUUCCACAGCCUUUCCCAAUCCUCAAAUUGUAUAUUAUGUCCUAUAUCUUGUGCCCAUUUGAUCAUGACUGAUUUGACCUCCUCAUCUUUUGUUUACCUCUGUCCUUACUUUCCUAAUAAUCCUCGCCAUUCAUUGCUGUUUCAGCUCCAGGAUCUGUUUGCAGAAGUGGCCACAGAUUUCCACAGGGUAGAGAAGCUUCCCUCAGACACCAGAGAGAAUCCCCUACAUAGGCAGUCUGUGCCAGAGAGGGACUUAGGUGACACCUCGCUGGGUAAGUUUUAAAUUGAUCAUUUUUUAUUGAUCAGGGUGGGUCUGGCCUGGGAGGCCUCUUUUGGCAGGGUCUCAUCAACGUUCAUGAAAAAAAAAUCUUAAAGCCUUUAAAUUUCAUUUUUUUGUUUCACGCGCUGUUAACGAAAGCCCAUAAUUUAUUUGUGUAUUAAACUUUUUAAAUUAUUAAAUCUAUUAACUGUGUGUUAAAUAUUAUAUAUACAGUAGUACCUCUGGUUGCGAACGGGAUCUGUUCUGGAGGCCUGUUUGCAACAUGAAAAGAGUGCAACCUGCGGGUUGCGAUUCGCAGCUUCUGCACAUGCGCGUGAUGUCAUUUUGUGCUUCUGCGCAUGCGCGAGAGGCGAAUCCCAGAAGUAACCCUUUCUGGUACUUCUGGGUCGCCGCAGGACGUAAUCUGAAAGAACAUAACAUGAAGCGGACGUAACAUGAGGUAUGACUGUUUAAUAUUAAAUCUACUGUGAACGCUUCAAUCUUCAAUAUGGAAAUCUAAUUAAGUGUGCGGCCCCCUUGUUCUACGUCAGAGUUCUCUUGCGGCCCAUGAGAAGUUGGACCACCCUGCCAUAAAUCUGUGAGAUGCAUUUGAUGUUUUCCUGAAACAGGGCACGACAGGAUGCUGGUUUUCAGACAUUUCCCCAGCUCAGAAAGGCGUUCCUUUGUGACCCCUUGGAUUUCUUCCCAAGAGGAAAAAUGGGAUGAGCUGUAGUUUUGCACAACUAAACCGCAUAAUGCAAAGGGACGUUCAAGAUACAUAGGAUGGGUGUGUCGUUUUGUGAUGUCAGCGCGGACCUAGAAAUUUCAAAAGAAUGCUUUAAAUUAAAAGAAAAGAGAAAUUUGUCAUUCAGCCUCUGAGAUUAACGUCUGCUCUGAUGGCCUCCCGUCACCUUUCUCUCACACAGGUGGUGGGUUAAUGUUAGCAACAACUCCUUGGGCAUCUUUUCUUCAUGGGGGAGCGGAAGAACCUGUACAAGCUACAUUUCAGGUAGGUGGAAGCAUCCCAGGGAAGGCUGCCAAGAGGAAGCCAAGUUCCUCUGCUCAUCUCCCUGCAUCUGAACAAUUCUCUGUCCUCCUUAUACAUUCAUAGCAUCUUAGAGUUGGAAGGGACCCAAGGGUAAUAAUAAUAAUAAUAAUAAUAAUAAUAAUAAUAAUAAUUUAUUAUUUAUACCCACCCAUCUGGCUGGGCCUCCCUAGCCACUCUGGGCAGCUUCCAACAAAAUAUUAAAAUACAGUAAAGUGGUACCUCAGGUUAAGUACUUAAUUCGUUCCGGAGGUCCGUUCUUAACCUGAAACUGUUCUUAACCUGAAGCACCACUUUAGCUAACGGGGCCUCCUGCUGCCGCCGCACCGCCACCACAUGAUUUCUGUUCUCAUCCUGAAGCAAAGUUCUUAACCCGAAGUACUAUUUCUGGGUUAGCGGAGUCUGUAACCUGAAGGGUAUCUAACCUGAAGCGUAUGUAACUCGAGGUACCACUGCAAUGCAUCAAACAUUAAAAGCUUCCCUAAACAGGGCUGCCUUCAGAUGUCUUCUAAAAGGCUGGUAGUUGUUGUUCUCUUUGACAUCUGGUGGGGGCGUUCCACAGGUUGGGUGCCACCACCAAGAAGGCCCUCUGCCUGGUUCCCUGUAACUUGGCUUCUCGCAGCAAGGGAACCACCAGAAGGCCCUCAGUGUCUGGGCUGAAUGAUGGGGGUGGAGACGCUCCUUCAGGUAUACUGGAUUGAGGAUCUAGUCCACCCCCACUGCAAUGCAGGAAUCUCAUCACUUCUUUCUAGGCUGCCCACCGAGGAGGCUGCGAAUGCCACUCGAACAGUCGUGCAGAAUAAUACCCAGACACUUCUCUCUCUCUCUCUCUCUCUCUCUCUCUCUCUCUCAUUUUUAUUAAAUUUACUGUUUUACAAUUUAAAAGAUUCAUUUAAACAAGCUUGAAAUAUCAAUGACUUCCCUUCCUCUCUUUCCGUGGUUCAUUUUACAUAGCAUAAAUCCCUGCAUAUUUUAUAUAAACUCAAGCAUUCAGUAUUCCGUUAUUACUUCCAUCAAAACUUAUUUGCACUGCUGAAUUUAUCUCAAUGUUGCCAACGUUUCCAAGUGUACACAAUUCCCCCCCCAUAUAUUCAAUAAACAUUUUCCAAUCUUCUUUAAACGUAUGUUCUUCUUGUUCUCUUAUUCUACGUGUUACCUCUGCGAGCUGCGCAUAUUCUGGCAGCUUAAGUUGCCAUUCUUCUUUGGCUGGGACCUCGCUCCUUUUCCAUUUGGGGGCUAAUCAAACACGGGCUGCAGUAGUGGCAUACUUAAAUAACCUUUUUUGACAUCUGGGCAUUUCCAUUUGAAUUAUCCCCAACAGAAAGGACUCUGAUUUUUGGGGGGAAGGGCUUUUAAACGUUUUUUUCAAUUCAUUAUAAAUUAUUUCCCAAUUCUCUUUUACCCUUUUACAUGUCCACCACAUAUGAAAGGACGUUCCCGCUACCUCUUUGCAUCUCGCUUAUCUGAUUCAAUAUUAUACAUCUUAGCAUGUCUAAAGGUAAUGGUAAAGGACCUCUGACCGUUAAGUCCAGUCACGGACGGCUCUGGGGUUGCGGCGCUCAUCUCGCUCUACAGGCCGAGGGAGCCAGCAUUUUCCGCAGACAGCUUCCGGGUCAUGUGGCCAGCAUGACUAAGCCGCUUCUGGCGAACCAGAGCAGCGCAUGGAAAUGCCGUUUUCCUUCCCGCCAGAGCGGUACCUAUUUAUCUACUUGUGCUGGCAUGCUUUUGAACUGCUAGGUUGGCAGGAGCAGGGACCAAGCAACGGGAGCUCACCCCGUCGUGGGGAUUCGAACCGCAGACCUUCUGAUCAGCAAGCCCUAGGCUCUGUGGUUUAGACCACAGCGCCACCCGCAUCCCACCCGCCACCCGCGCAUGCCUACUCAGAGUCAAAUACCACCUGUAAAUCAUUUUCAAGUAGUUCUCCUUCAGGGAAUAACAUGCUGUAAACGUCAACCACUUUUCCUUGUUGAGUCUUCUGGAUUUUGCAAGUAGAGAAUUGUGACAUUGUUUGCAAAAGGGCCGCCGUUUUCCUUUUCUUUUCAGGCUCGAAUUUAUUUUGAGGAUGUGGCAGUGUAUUUCACAGCAGAGGAAUGGGCUCUUCUGGAUUCUGACCAGAGAGCUCUGCACAGAGAAGUCAUGGAGGAGAAUUAUCUUCUCGUCACCUGUCUCGGUAAGACGUUGUGUCUUCAGCUCUUUUACUGGUUGUGUUUGUGUAAAUGGUUGUAGGGCUUCUAUUGCAUUUGGACCUCACUUUGGAUCCUUUCCCUAGUGCAGUCUUCUUCAACCUUGGAUCCCCAAAUGUUGGACUACAACUCCCACCAUCCCUGACCAGCCCAUCUAAGAUAGCUGGGGAUGAUGGGGGUUGUAGUCCAUCAAUCUUGGCAGAACCAAGGUUGAAAAACAUUUCCUUAGUGGAUGAUGGUAGUUAUUUAAAGUGCAUGUGAUUGUUCUUAACUAGCUUUGCAAUGUUUUUAAGGAUAUUUUUAUUGACAUGUUUGCCACCUAUGGCUCUCUUGGGGAAGAAGGGUGGAAAAUAAACCAAAGGAAUAAUAAUUAUUAUGUCCCUCCGUGAGUGACCCUCAUGGUCCCUUCCGAUUCUAUGAUUCUAUUCUAUUCCUCAUUACGUCCAUGAAUUAUUAUUAUUUUUACAUGUCGACAGGACACUUCUUGUAUACGAGGACGUGUUGCCAUCCUUGUAGCUGUUGGAAAUGCAUAUUUCGGUCGGCGGCAUUUGCAAAUUAUUUUUUUCCUCCCCAAAACUUCUGGUGUGUGUUGCGUUCCCAAAGCAAGGAAGGAUUGGACCCUGAUUAAUAAAAUACACACGAGGCUUGACCAGCAAGACUCUGGGAGGAGGUGCCAAUAAUAAUCUGUCACACCCUGGCCCUGGCCCAUUUUAUUAACAAAAGAACUUAUAACACAGUGCUUGUAAGAACCAAUCAGAUGUCCUCUGAGCAUUUCAAAAACAUCCCCACGUGGGACAAAGUUAGAUCAGAGAAAUCCUUUUAACUACAAAGAAACUAUUUCCUACUUGAGCAUGCAUACAUGGUUCGGAGUAAAUAAAAUAGGAAUCAAGGAGAAAUGCAUUUAGUACCCCCGGAGGUCAUAAACAACAGUAAACAGGAGAUGAAGGAUGGCAAUGAAAAAUAGUAUUUACCAUCUUGUGAACUCUCUUCCUGGCCCUUAAAGGUAAAGGUAAAGGGACCCCUGACCAUUAGGUUCAGUCGUGGCCGACUCUGGGGUUGUGGCGCUCAUCUCACUUUAUUGGCCGAGGGAGCUGGCAUACAGCUUCUGGGUUAUGUGACCAGCAUGACUAAGUCGUUUCUGGCGAACCAGAGCAGUGCAUGGAAACGCUGUUUACCUUCCCACCAGAGUGGUACCUAUUUAUCUACUUGCACUUUGACGUGCUUUCGAACUGCUAGGUUGGCAGGAGCUGGGACCAAGCAACGAGAGCUCACCCCGUCACGGGGAUUCAAACUGCCGACCUUCUGAUUGGCAAGUCCUAGGCUCUGUGGUCUAACCCACAGCGCCACCCACAUCCUCGCCCUUAAGAUCUACCUAAAGAUUAACAAAUCUACAUCAAAGUAACCUACUAUCUUUAUGGCUCAGGAUGCCUGGUGAAGCAACCAGUCCGUGUUUAAGAAUGCUUAUACGUGACUGUCAGGCAGAGAGAAAGAAAAUGACAGAGGUGCAGAGGCUUGUGGGAUUCAAUCAGAAAUUAUUGUCAAUGAAUCCAGCCCAGUCAAAGCAAUGCUUUCAUCGCUGGCACAAUGGCGUGCUCCAUCUUUCAUAAUUCUUCAUAGCAAUCCAACCUGACCCCCGCAGUGUGCAAAUGUUUCACCACUGUAGAUGUUGUUGCUCCAUUGAGAAGGGCUUUUGCCCAAGCGGCAGAGCAUCUCUUUUGCCUGCAGAAGGUUUCCGGUUCAAUCUUGGGCGUCUUCAGGUAGGCCUCAGAAAGACCCCAGCUUGAAACCUUGGAGAGAUGAUGUCUUCCCUGCCAUCUUUGUCUUUCACAGGUGACAGGAUGAUGCUGGCAAGACCCCCUCAGCCGUCCCUUCCUCGCGCUGGAGGGGAAGCAGUUGCUGUUGCAAAUGAUCAGGUAUGGAUCAGGGAAGAAUCAUUGGGGAGAAGGAGGAGCCUUCUCAUCUCCCUGGUCCGGAUGGAAAUUCUCUCCUCAUCUUUGCUUCUGUCAGAGCUGCCCAAGAGAAAGGCAGUGAUCUAUAAUGAAUUGAAAAGGAUGUUUAAAAUAACGUUCGUAAAAAAUAAAAUAAAAAACCACACAGAAGCUUUUCUUUUGGGAAUUAUAGAGACAGAACGACCUAAACUGUAUAGAAAUUUAUUUAUUUGUGCUGCUACAGCGGCAAGAAUGUUACUCGCCCCCAAUAUGGAAAGAAGUCCCAGCAAAGGAAGAACAGAUACAAAAACUUAAGGAAUAUGCGGAAAUGGCAAAACUUACCGGAAGAGUAAAAAAUCAAGAUAACAAACUUCUUUAUAUAAAAGAAUGGAAAUGGUUUAUUGAACAUUUACAGAUAAAUUGCAAACAGAUAAGAACAUUGGCAGGAUUAUUGUAAUAACCUGCAGUAUAUAUCUAAAGUAGAUUAAUAAAUGAGCAAAUUAAGUUAAUUGGGAUAUGCAGAAGAUAUUAAAAAAUAAAUUUAAGGAACCGCAGAAAGAGCGUAGCUGUCAACGUUUCCCUUUUUUUAAGGGAAAUUCCCUUAUUCCGAAUAGGAUUCCUCGCAAGAAAAGGGAAAAGUUGAGAGCUAUGAGAAAGAGGGGGAAGGCAGUCAAGCUUUGAAAUGUCGAAAUGAUUGUAAAAUUAGUGAAAUGUAUAUUAUUAUUAUUAUUAUUAUUAUUAUUAUUAUUAAACCUGAAAAGUAUAAGUUAAAGAGAGGGAAAGAGAAAGGCUGUGAAGGCCUCCUCAGAAGGUUUAACUUCUGUGGGAUAAUACACAGCCGUUCUCCCCUGAUGAGACUUCUGGGUUUUGCUAGCAGACGCUCUUAAUUUCUGUCAAGACACAAAUGUUUCCUUCUCUUUCAGGGUCCGUGGUCCUUUGAGGCUGUGUCUGUGUAUUUUACUGAGGAGGAGUGGGCUCUCCUGGAUCCUGACCAGAGAGCUCUUCACAGGGAUGUCAUGGAGGAGAAUUAUCGCCUCGUCACCUAUCUCAGUAAGACUUUCUUAAGGCCAGUCAAAGAGAGAUGGUAAAAUGUGUAACUGACGGGCAGCCCAUCUAAACUGGAAUCUUUUGAAAAUAUGAAGUGGUUUAUAAAUGCUUUUAUAUAUACAGGCUUGACUACUGUAAUUCGCUCUACGCGGGGCUGCCCUUGAAGCUGUCCCAGAAACUCCAGCGGGUGCAGAAUGCUGCAGCGAGGCUCCUCACGGGGUCCCUGCCAUGGGAGCAUAUUCACCCAGUGCUUUUCCAGCUGCACUGGCUCCCGGUGGAGUACAGGGUCAGAUUUAAGGUGCUGGUUUUGACUUUUAAAGUCCUUCACGGCCUAGGACCCUCGUACCUACGGGACUGCCUCUCCUGGUAUGCCCCGCGGAGGACCUUAAGGUCCAUAAAUAGCAACACCCUAGAGGUCCCGGACCCUAAGGAAGUCAGAUUAGCCUCAACCAGAGCCAGGGCCUUUUCAACACUGGCUCCGGCUUGGUGGAACGCUCUGUCUCAUGAGACCAGAGCUCUGCGGGAUCUGAUUUCUUUCCGCAGGGCCUGUAAGACAGAGUUGUUCCACCUGGCCUUUGGCUUGGAAUCAACUUGAUUCCCUUCCCCUCUUUUCUUUUUUCCUUCUGGGAUGAAACUCCUGUUUGGGGACUUCCCUGGCUUUUUUCUGGCCUACGUAGGACCAGUCUGGAUAGUUGGCCUUGGUGAAGAUUUGACGUUUUCAUCCCCAAAAAGUUUUUUGAUUUGAGUUUCUACUGAAAUGAGGCUGCAUUUUAAUGUUGUAUUUUAAUCUUGUUUUUAAGUUGUAUUUUAAUCAAUUGUUUUUAUACUUGGUGCUAGCCGCCCUGAGCCCGGUCUUGGCUAGGGAGGGUGGGGUAUAAAUAAAAUUGAUGAUGAUGAUGAUGAUGAUGAUGAUGAUGACUUCAUGUCUUACUGCAGGCCACAAAUGGGAAGCCAGGAAUACGGGAGACGUAUGUUGGAUGUCGGCAGGAAGGGACACACAUAAAAAUGAGGAACAACUGAGAAAGAAGACUGAAGCAGAUCAGAACAGGUGGAAUAUAUCCUCUGCUACUCAGGGCAGUGGCUACCCUGAAAUUGUGAUCAUAGAAGAAGAAGAAGAAGAAGAGGAAGAGGAAAAGGAUAAAUACUGUGUGUAUCCGAAAUUGGAAUGUGAAGCCCAUUGCCAAAUCCACACUGGGGAGAAACCAUAUCAGUGCAGAGAAUGCGGAAAGACAUUCAGUCAGAAGAUGUAUCUUACUACUCAUAAAAGAAUUCAUACAGGGGAGAAGCCAUAUAAGUGCUUGGAAUGUGGAAAGGGCUUCAGCCAGAAGAUACACCUAACUUUCCACCAAAGAAUUCAUACAGGGGAAAAACCAUACCAGUGCUUGGAAUGCGGGAAGAGCUUCAUCAGAAGUUCAAACCUCACUUUGCAUCAAAGAAUCCACACAGGGGAGAAGCCAUAUCAGUGCUUGGAAUGUGGGAAAAGUUUCAUUAGAAGCACAAACCUUACUUUGCACCAGAGAAUCCACACGGGUGAGAAGCCAUAUCAGUGUGUGGAAUGUGGAAAGAGCUUCAGCCAACGUUGUAGCCUUACUUCUCAUCAGAGAAUCCACACAGGGGAGAAACCGUUUGAGUGUCUGGAAUGUGGGAAGAGUUUCACGCAUAAGAUAAGUUUCACUUAUCAUCAAACGACUCACACAGGGGAGAAACCAUAUCAGUGCGUGGAAUGUGGGAAGAGCUUCAGUCAACGUUGCACCCUGACUUCUCAUCAGAGAAUCCACAGGGUGGAGAAACCAUAUAAAUGCCUGGAAUGUGGAAAGGGCUUUACGUGGAAGAUAGGCCUCGCUGCUCAUCAAACAACUCAUACAGGGGAGAAACCAUAUCGGUGCUUAGAGUGUGGAAAGAGCUUCAGCCAUAAGGGGAGCCUCACGUAUCAUCAGAGAAUCCACACAGGGGAGAAGCCAUAUCAGUGCAUGGAAUGUGGGAAGAGCUUCAGUCACCGAUGCACCCUAACUUCUCAUCAGAGAAUCCACACAGGAGAGAAACCAUAUCAGUGCCUCGAAUGCGGAAAGAGCUUUAAAGAGAAGAGCAGGCUCACUUUUCACCGAAGGACUCACACUGGGGAGAAGCCGUACAAAUGCUUGGAAUGCGGAAAGGGCUUCACGCAGAAGAUAGGCCUCUCUGCUCACCAGACAGCUCAUACAGGGCAGAAACCGUAUACCUGCUUGGAAUGUGGAAACGGCUUCACGAGAAGAUCAAGCCUUAAUCUGCAUCAGAGAAGUCACAGCGGCGAGAAGCCAUAUCAAUGCCCCGAGUGUGGAAAAAGCUUCACUAGACGGUCCGGUCUGAAUUUGCAUCAAAGAACUCACACGGCGGUGAAAUCGUAUAAGUGCUUAGAGUGUGGAAAUAACUACAAUAAUAAGAUAAACCUCACGUAUCAUCAGAGAACUCACAGAAGCGAUUUGAAUAUGCAGCAAAAUCUUGUAUCCCACGUGAAACAGGAGUUUGAUUGUGAGGACCCACAUCGGACAUGCACUGUAUAAAUGAAUGCUAAGCAGGGAGCAACAUACUGUACCUGUCCUGAACAAUGACAGCAAGGGAACUGAAGCAUUUUCUUUUAGCUUUGCUCCUUUUCUAAUACAAAAUGUGAAAUCACCGCUGCUCCCCUCUGCCCUCCCCAUCCAUCCUUCCUCUCCUGAGCACGUAGUGAUGCUUCCAUGUGGGAGCAUUCAGCUCCUAUGUGUGGUCGGCGCUGGCCAAAGGAUCUGCCCAAGGGCAUUUCCAAAAUGCGUUGCCUCCUGGUAAUGGAUUUUGGGACAUGUUGGGGGGGCUCACUAUCUGGAGGAUGAUAUAAUCAAGGCUCCCAUGCCUGCUCAGGUGUCUGCAUAUUGGGAGGAGGGGAAAGGGGGAAGACAAAAAAGGAAGACAGAGCAUAGCCAUCAACACAGUCUCUAGCUAAAAAUGCAUUAAAAGAAUACUUUGAAUUGAAUAAAAAUCAAGUUGAUGACGUAAGGGCACUCUGGGAUGCUGGUAAAGCAGUGAUCAGGGGAUGUUUCAUAAAACAAGGCAUAAGAAUAAAAAAGGAAAGCGAAAAGGAAAAAAAACAAAAUUAAUGGAAGUAAUAAGGAAAAAAGAAAAAGAGCAAAUCAAACAACCAAAUAAUGAUAUAAUUAAAAAAGAAAUUAGGCUACUACAGACAGAAUAUAUGUGCAGAAUAGAACUGGAAGUGGAGUGGAAUGUGGAAAUGUGGAAACAAAAUAAUUUUGAGUUUGCCAAUAAACCGGGAAAAUACCUGGCGUGGCAACUGAGAAAGAGGCAAAAUCCAAGACAAAUAAAUAGAAUAAAAAUAGGAGAGGAAAUUAUAGGUGAUCCAGAGUAAUAAUACAAAAAUUUAAAACAUAUUAUGAAAAUUUAUACAAAAACGAUAAUGAGGCAGAAGAAGUAGACAACUUCCUGUACCAACAGAAAGGAAGCUGCAUAAAAACCCACAAGGAGGAUGAGUUUUAAUUCUACUGGAUCAGAUCUUUACCCCACAAAAAUGCACAGCGUCUAAAUGUGGGUGGUGGUCUCUUGCUGUGUGUGUUUUCUAUGUAUCUGCAGCUGGGCGCUUUCUUCCUCUCUGCCCACGUUCUCCACACGCAAAAGUCACAGAUCCGGUGCUUGCCAGCACUGUCAUAGACCAACAACGGGGAUCUGAGACAUGGAUCAGUAUGGAACCAGAUUAUCAUUAUAGGGGGGUCUCUCCCUGGAACAACCACUGUAUUAUAAGCAAUGUCUCUGUCAGUGGUGGUGUUGAUCGGCGCUGGAUCUGUGAUUUUAAGGGUUGGUUUGCAGCUAAGGGACCUUUAACUUAAUGGCUGUUUGUUAAAAGGAAAUGUGUCUCAUUCAGUAAUCAUGCAAGUUGGAGAUGGUCCAUUUCUGGCUUAGAGAUUUUCAUUUUGAGCAAGGAAGCCUUUUGUUGAAUGACGACAUGCCCCAGAGCCACUAUUAUAUGAUAACACUGAUGCCCCUAUCUCUAAAUCCCAGAGGUACCUAAAGGCAUAAAAAAAAUUGAGACCCCUGCCAGAGUUAUUUCCAGGCUUCAAAUGGAAGAUGAACACACAGCCCCUCCAUCUGUUUGAUUGAAUAUUUUUGUAUGCACACAGGUGUCUCAGUGUAACUAUUGGGCUUGGUGGUGGAUAUUCUCCGUUAAGUGUUUCUUGCCUUGCAAAACUCUGUGAUUAACAUCCCAUUUGUUUUUGUAAAUGCGUUAGGAAGAAAUGUUAAAGGUGCACAUGUGCAAAUAUCAAAAAAACCAAGGCCACACAAACAGAGAUUUGUGUGCACAGCCCGAAUAUCAAAAAACAUAGCGAGAGUUGAAACAUCUCAUGUUGUAGUUGGGA